AGCCUUUUUGUGUAUUUGUGUCUUCGACUCGGAUUCGCUCACGCAAAAGAAGAAAAAAAAAAGCGUUCGUUCAAAACUAGCAACCCCUCCUUUUUUAGGCAAAACAAUCUUCUUCCUCCUCAGUCCUUUCUCUUUGCUCUUUGAGGUGAGUUUAAUAACCUCCUCAGCAUGGGCGUAUCUCGCCACCGCUACCACCAGACCGUCGUUGCCUUCACUUUUCUGUUAUUUGCUACUGCUUCUGUCAUCACUCUUUCUCAAUUCGGCAGCGGGUUCCAGGAGAGAGAGGGGAGUAAGAAGAGAAAUGGGUCAGGGGUGUUGGACCGGUUCUUGGCUCAGAAACGACUCGACGGCCCGGGUUCUUCACCACCUUCUUGUAGAUCCAAAUGUGGAAGUUGCUCACCUUGUAAACCGGUUCACGUCCCGAUUCAACCAGGGUGUAGUAUGCCUCUUGAGUAUUACCCUGAAGCUUGGCGUUGCGAGUGUGGCCACAAGCUUUUCAUGCCCUAA